UAGCAAAUUAUCUUUAAGACGCUUAAAGCCUUGUUACUUGAGGCUAUUGUCCAAAGGGAGGAAAAAUUGUGUCAGUCAAGGGUCGUCAUACACAACAGGUUUUUGAGCAGCCUGUGUCGCAAAGAAAUGAUUCAAGUUGGAAUUUUCACUUACGGUAAGUUUAUUGGAUGGUUUCCCGUGUUUUGUCAGGACCUGUUUUUUUCUGUCACAAAGGGUUCUGAUGAUUUCUGACAACAGGAGACGAGCUCCAACCAUUUUCGAUCGAUGGAAAUGGUUGAUUAUAACCGUUUGGUCGUGUUCGUCUGGGUCCUGCCGGAAUAAACUGAGUCUGUUUGGUUUCUUCGUGUUGUACGGCGAAAAAACCUUCUUUUAGUUAAUUUGUUAGAAUGGUUCUUCAAUAUUGAUCAACCAUAUCAGGGGAAACCUCAGCCAAAUCAACUAAAGUGUAACCGAGUUUGAUUUUGGUUGAAACAUUUGAUCAACCAAACCAACCGGCGCACAACGCUGCUUGUUACUGUUCGUUAUAAAACAUGUCGAGUCAACUGCAUUCCUAGUAUCUCCUCAGACGUUCAAAUCCAAAAUGGCCGCCGCUCUGUUCAGCUAUCAAAAGCUAGUGUCACGCGGAAGUUUCGCUUCUAGUUCAUAAAGUCUUAAAAUUCGGUUAUAUGUUCAUUCGUCCUCAAUUAACAGAAAGAUUACCGCGCUUUUUGUCUGCCAUAGAACUGUCCGCAUGGCCGCUAUUUAUCAGCUGAAGAUAAAAUAUGAUCAGGACAAAUUCGGAGCGGUUUUUUUUAGACGCAUUCGACACGAUAAGCUUUCCUCUUGAAGAUAAACACGUUGUGAAUGAACAUCACGUAAUACGAAAAAGUUAUGACGCCACACAGAAAAAAUGUCCUCACGUGGUGCAUUUCAAUGUACCACGUGGUUGGUUUGAAACAAACUCGCGGCAUCAAAAAUGUUACUCUGAAGGCGGCAAAAAAAUUCUUGGGUGUCGCGGUCUACUGAGAAGAGUAGUAUACAUUUAUUUAGACGAGAGAUAUUCCACGACCUUUGUUCCUUUUCCUUUGUUGGCAGCAUCGACUAAAUGCUAGUUUUGUUAGGUUUACCUUAGUCGUAGUUACCGACAUACAGACGCCGCCAAACAAAACCUAAGUCGCCAAAUCUUCGCAAAGCUGUCGCAGAAAUGUUUGGCCCCUCUAGAAAAGCUCGCAGUGGGUGGAAUAAUUUAUUUGAAUCGCAGCAAAAACCAAGCGGAGACAAGAAAUAAAGUUAUAAGUUUUAGAUGCCCCAUUAAGAAUCGAUUUGAAGUUAGACCAUAGCUAAUUAACAAUGCACUAAUUGCGGAACAACUAACGGUAGCUUGCGUAGGAUAUUCCAUUAAAACAACUGUAAGAGAAUACGGUCAAGUCGACUCCAGAAGCUCAUCUUCCUGCAGCGAGUUUUGUGUAUUAGUUUAAGAAUAAUAAUAAAAAAGGAUUUUGUUUAACUUCACAUUAAACUCGUUUGUCUGUUACGAAAGUAAAUAUUCUGCCUAAUUUAAUUUUCAAUAUUCGAAAUUAAUCAACAUAUCCUCGCUCAAAGACAAGGAAAUGAAAAACCGUUCAUUUCUUUGGUGCUUUCUCCGACAUCAUGCACGACUUUUCUUCUUUGUUUGGAAGCUAUGGCUUUUAUUCUGCAGGCGAAAGAAAAGAAAUAUUCAAAUAAGCUAAGAUUUUCGAUGAUAAAGGCCUGGCCCACCUGCUCUUAGUGCCAAGACGUAAAAUGUUUAAGCACGUCAAAACAAAUAUUUUGUGUGGUAGCCAUAGCUUUAUUUUAAUUUUGAUGGACUUUUAAAAGACGUGUAAAAUAGAUAUCAGAAAUAUUUAUUUUUCAUUUCUUAAGAUAAAUCUCUACUUUCAAUAUUACAAAACGCGAUCGUUACCAUUGAAAGAAUUCAAAACCUCUCUGUGUUCAAAAUCAUGGCAAAUUCUCUCUGUGACGAAUUGCGACUGCUAUACCAGCCCAAGAGUGAGGAAGUUGAGGCCUUAAAUUCGUCGUACAUUGUUAAUUGCAUCCUUAAUGUUUUACUAUCCCUCACUGCCAUUAUAUUGAACGGCGUCACAAUCCAGGCUCUGCGAAGAACUUCAUCUUUGCCAAAGCCUCUAAAAACAUUGCUUCUGAGUCUUGCUGUCUCUGAUCUUGGUGUUGGUUUCUUGUGCCAACCUUUUUACGUCGUGUUGCUGGUCAAGUGGUUGCAAAGAAACAGUGAGUCAACUUGUACCCUGUACACUGUGUUUGUCUCCGCCAUGGGCAUGUUUUCAGUGCCUACAUUUUUCGGUAUUAUGGCUCUGAGUGUGGACAGAUUCUUGGCGAUUCAUCUUCAUCUCAGAUACCAGGAACUUGUGACUCACAAGCGAGUUGUGGCGGCGGUGAUCUCAAUAUGGGCCUUCAGUGUAUUGUUCUCCUUAGCAAGGUUGUGGAUCCCAAAAGAUUUCUUUAGCGUGAUGUUUAUCGUUAUUGCUCUAGUUUGUCUUUUAACCACAGCAUUGCUAUAUUACAAGAUUUAUUUAGCCGUGAGACGCCACAGAGAACAAAUUGAAGCCCUCCAAGUACAACAAGGAACACAGAAUGACGAAACGGCGAAUGUUUCUGGGCUGAGAAAAUCGGCAGUCGGGACAUUCUACGUGUAUCUCGUGUUUUUGAUUUGUUAUUUACCGCAGACUUGUAGAUUUAUUGCUGUCGUAGUCUCUGGAUCAAGUACUUUUACAAAGGGCCUAACAUAUUAUUGUUGGACCCUCAUAUUUCUCAAUUCAUCCUUAAACCCUGUUAUUUACUGUUGGAAGAUGAGACACAUUCGACACGCUAUCUUGGACAUACUGCGAAAUGUCCUUCCAAGUCACAGCUGAGUAAAGGCGUCACAUUCGAAUUUGAGUAUGUUGCCCGUUUCGACUGGAGAAUAUUUUCCUUCGAAACUGGCUUGAAAAAGGCACAAGCACAGAUGUUGUUAAAAUUUGCCGUGCAUGUUUCUAAGAGGUUGGUGAUGAUAAUGUAUGUUUUAAUCCCAAGUCACAGCUGAGGAAGGUGCAGCAAUCGACUUGCGAUUGGAGGCAAAUGGUUUCAAAAAACAACGUAAAAAAUAAUGUUAUUUUUGCCUUGAAAACAUUACCUUGCAGCUUGUCUAAUAAGGUUAAUAACAGCAUGUUUAACUAUCUAGAGUCGCUCUAAAGCUGUAGUUUUAUCGCUAUUAUUUUUAACGGUAUCGUGCCCAGUAACCCACCCCUUUAAAAAGGCCAGAAUAUUGCUCCGAGUUCCAAUCUGUUAACAAAUCAUAUCCUCUAAAAGGUACGAGAAACUGCCCCAUUAUCUUAACAGGGGAGUCCAGUAUCGAGAUCACAUAGUCGGUGAUCAUACGGCUUCUGGUUGAAGUUCACAUCACGCAUUAAUUUUCGGCUUGACGGAUUAAGACUUGUAACUAAUAGCCAUUUAAAGCUUAGAUACACAAAUUUAUCACGAUCAAGGUCACCUAAAGAUAGGUUUAACAAUCAGAAACAACUUGCGCAGUAUUUCUGCUGUAAUAGCUAUUGAAGAUUUUAUGACGAAGUUUGAAUACACUUCACGAAAGUAGGUCUGCACGGUAUUUGUCUAGGGUUAUUUUCCGGCCUCGCUUCCCGUCACACCCCGCGCUCUUGGCGAAGUAUGAAAAACCUGUUUCUUCUCGAACAAAAGUCGUAAAUAAAAACUGGAUGUGAGUUUGAAAUUUUCUUUUGCUUUUUGUAGAGGGCCCUUUUUGUUCGCAAGUAUAAUUUACGAGAGAAUCCUUUUCAUAGUGGGAGUUAACAUCUUGCUUCAAGUUUCCAAAGGGGCUGUUAACAUUUUUAUGAAGACACGAUUGAUCAUCGCAGUUAUAUAUACAGCUUAAGCAGCCGUGAAAUUAAAGCCUGAAAAAAAUUCGGGCUCGAACGGGAUUCUAACCCAUGACCUGUGCGAUACCGGAGCAGUGCUCUACCAACUGAGCUAUCAAGCCAACUGGGAGCUGGUCACAUUGUGAGUU